UAAUAAACACAUAAAAAUUACAAUAUGACUAUAUCAAACACAUAAUAUAAAGAGAUAAAAAGUGUAACACAUUAUAUUAAUAGAGGAAAAAGCAUUUUUUCAUACAAAGUCUCUUCCCAGGAUUAGACAGCAAUGUUCCUAAUUUUAAGGCAGCGUAUCAGAAAACUACAACAAAUGUUCUCUUUUUGGCGAAUUCUUAGAAAUAAUAGGGGAACAGUACCAAGGAGAGCAAUGGCCAUAGAACAAAAAGCAGGAUGAGGCUGGAGUUCAGCUAGUAUGUCUGGUUGGAAGUAAGGGUGGUAGAGAAGAAUGUGUGGGUGGCUUGUAGACAAGAAUGGGAGCCUGGAACAGGACUGUGCUAAUUAGGAGGACAAGAGUGUGAUAAAAUAAAGGACCUACCGAGCAUCUAGGGGCGCUAAUUAAGGGACCCAUGGCAUUUAGAGUAUUGUAGGAGAGCCUAAAGGAGCAGAGGAAAAACAAGAGGAGCCUAGAGAGAAUGGCUGGAGAAGGGGUGUGCGAGGGGGGAGAGUCCCCGUGUUUACCAAUUAGGGGUUGCUGUUGACCAUGGCCAAAGUGAGAACUAAAGGCUGCUGGGAGGCUAUACAGUGGGAGAAAAAGGAGAAAAGUAGGAGGUGGAUGCAAGCACUUUCCUUUAAGCUGUGCGUAGCCACCUGAGAAGGAGCUGAAACUCAGGAGAUUUUUUUCCUUAGGUUGUGGUGAUAUUCACAUCUUUGCAAGGCUACAGGGGUGCAACUUGUGGAGAGGAGAGACUAAAGAUAUACUAAAAAGGGGUGAUAGAUUGAGUAAGCUCCUGCUGGAGGCAGCAAGAAAGAGAUACUCAUUAAAAAAAAAACUUACACGAUGUUUCAUUAUGGAAAAAAACUAAGUGAAAUCAUUUACAAUGGCACCCAUUUAUUAAAUCAAUAAGAAUUUAUGAAGUAUCUACCAUGUACUAGGCACUGUUGUACUGGGGAUAAGAAAACCAUCCCUAGCCUAUAUUAUUUAAUUUCAGUAAUUCAAAACAGAAAUGAAACUAAAUGAAAAACCAUACAAAAGUUUGGUUCAUCAGGCUGGAGCAGAAGGAGGUAUGGCCUUGGCAAUACAAAUGUCUUCACAAGACAGAGUCCCUCAGAUGGGACCUUGCUUGUUCUUACAGAUAACACAUGGAUGGAGUGGUGGCAGGAACUCAAGAUUUGGAAUUCAAUGCAGAAGUCCUUUUUGACUAAGGUAAUGCAAGAUAACUUUUUUCUAUAACCAUAACUGGUAGAGGAAUCUCCUGUAGCCCCACUGUGCUUGAUGUACUCAAGACUUUAAUACAGACAAAUGAAGACAGAAAAAGACAACAAAUGGUCCGCAGUGUCAACAGACCGGCUGUCUGAACCUUCAGUCCAGUACUAGCAAAUCACUGCUUCUCUGCUUUCAUUUGUUCUUCCAGCAAUUUCCAGUGAAAUUCAGGCUGACCUGGUUACAACCAUCAGGCUGUGCUUGUUAUUAACUUCAUCACUGUUCUUAACAGUCGUAAAUUAAUAUCACUUUUAAAAAAUCAUUUUUUGAAAGCAAAAAGUAGGGGAGAUGUAUUCUGAUUUUCCUCCUGAAAUACUCAAGGAUGGUUGGGAAGGACUCCUGACAUAUGCCCCUGGGGUAGCACUCCAUCAUACACACAGGAGGUCUGUGCCAAGUGGCAGGAUGAGGAAGGGGAGUGGUUAAAUUUAUGAACAGGGAUCUGGAGAAAGUUUGGACUGAAAGGGCCUUUGACAUUUUGAGAGGACAGUUCUUACUUGACAAGGUGAGAACAGUCCUGUACAAGGCUAACCGAUGGAUGCUCUACUUAAAACCCAGGUGUCCCGAAACUCCAGAUAGCAUUUUCUCUUAUGCAUAUUACCAAAUUCCCUAUUGAGUUACACUUAUCAAUUAAUGACAGGGAGAAAAACACUUAUUUUUACUAUCUCCAGAGUUUUACUUUUCCCAGAAUGUACUAAGUUACGAUUGUACAGCCCUUUUAGAGGCCUCUCUCACUCAGUAAUAAGCAUUUGUUUGCUUCAUGUCUUCACAGAUGAUUUCUUUUUAUUGGUAAGUGAUGUUCCACUUUCUAGAUGUAGACUUUGUCUUCUGAUCACUGCAGUUUUUACCCUCCAGCCCUUUCAUUACUGAACAUAAGCCAAACUUGGAGAGGUGUCUAGUGAUGAGAACUCCCUCCUGAAAUGUGUUAUUUAAACGGAGGCUCACAGAUCUUCUGUGGCUAAUUACCCAGAUCCCACUGUGCCAAAGAGGGAGGGGAAUCAAUCUCAAUUGGAAUAUAAAAUAAUUCUCCCUGAAAAUGUGGGAACAAAGAGACCUGUCUAAGUACUGGGUGUGUAUUUAUCGCCGAGAAAAAUCUUGUCUCCAGGAUACAUCAAACUGGGCUGAAAUUUUACUCUUAACUCUGAAAAGAGGAGAAAAAAGGAAGGAAAGAAAAAUGAGACAGAAUGGAAAAUAAGGUGACUGGAACAGAGCGAAAAGACAGGAGGAACUUGCUCACUGCAGGACUCUCUGAGCAAGAUAUUUUUCUCCCUUUUACAAGUUAGAAGCUGUUGAAUAAUUCAUGACCAGCAUGGAAAGGCUGCCUUUUUCCGGGGUGAUGGGUAACUGAGCAGAAGAGUGCUCCAAGUGGGUUCGCCACAUCAGCCCGCACUCUGCACUCUUGCUUCUGAGCACAGGGUGCGCUCCUCUCCAGCUCAGCUUUUGAAGCCCAGCAUCCUUGCUGCUGCCUGCUUGCCUGCCCACCCGCCUGGCUUGCAGCCCGUCACUUUACUUUCUCCAACCCUGCUGCCAGCUGAGGAGACUCUCAGCAGCUGGUGGUUCCUGCCUGGGACCAUGUGCGUGGAUGCUGCUUGGGAGAAGCAAGGUACUUGUUCCUGGAUUGGAUCCCAGCUCAGUUUCUCCUGUUGAUUUCUGGACUACAGAUGUUGUUGCCGAGGAGGUAUUUCCUGGCAUCCCUUGCUCGGCUAUCACCACCUAAGGACCAGCCCCAAAGCAAGGCAAGUGCCAGGAUGGGCCGCAUUGCAAGAAGCCGACGCUAGGGCGCGAGGUGUGAAGAGUUGGCCAGAAUGACCAACUCCUCCUCCGCGUCCACCUCCACCACGACCGGGGGAUCGCUGCUACUGCUGUGCGAGGAAGAAGAGUCGUGGGCGGGCCGUCGCAUCCCGGUGUCUCUCCUGUACUCGGGUCUGGCCAUCGGGGGCACGCUGGCCAACGGCAUGGUCAUCUAUCUGGUGUCGUCCUUCCGCAAGCUGCAGACCACCAGCAACGCCUUCAUAGUGAACGGCUGCGCGGCGGACCUCAGUGUCUGCGCCCUCUGGAUGCCGCAGGAGGCGGUGCUGGGGCUCCUGCCGUCUGGCACCGCGGAGCCCCCCGGGGACUGGGACGGCGGCGGGGGCAGCUACCGCCUGCUCCGGGGCGGGCUGCUGGGCCUCGGGCUCACAGUGUCCCUCCUGUCUCACUGCCUCGUGGCCCUGAACCGCUACCUGCUCAUCACCAGGGCGCCCGCCACCUACCAGGUGCUGUACCAGCGGCGCCACACGGCCGGCAUGCUGGCGCUGUCCUGGGCGCUCGCCCUGGGGCUGGUGCUGCUGCUCCCGCCCUGGGCACCCAGACCCGGAGCGGUGCCCCCGCAGGUCCACUACCCCGCGCUGCUGGCGGCGGGCGCGCUGCUGGCCCAGACGGCGCUGCUGCUGCAUUGCUACCUGGGCAUCGUGCGCCGCGUGCGCGUCAGCGUCAAGCGGGUCAGCGUGCUCAACUUCCACCUGCUGCACCAGCUGCCCGGUUGCGCCGCCGCCGCCGCCGCCUUCCCCGCCGCCCCGCACGCCCAGGGCCCGGGAGGCGCCGCGCAUCCCGCGCAGGCCCAGCCUCUGCCCGCCGCGCUGCAGCCGCGCAGGGCGCAGCGGCGUCUGAGCGGCCUGUCGGUGCUGCUGCUCUGCUGCGUCUUCCUGCUGGCCACGCAGCCGCUGGUGUGGGUGAGCCUGGCCAGCGGCUUCUCGCUGCCGGUUCCCUGGGGCGUGCAGGCGGCCAGCUGGCUCCUGUGCUGCGCGCUGUCUGCGCUCAAUCCGCUGCUCUACACGUGGAGGAACGAGGAGUUCCGCCGGUCCGUGCGAUCCGUCCUGCCCGGGGUCGGCGAUGCGGCUGCUGCGGCCGCGGCCGCCACCGCGGUGCCGGCCAUGUCUCAGGCGCAGCUGGGCACCCGCGCGGCGGGCCAGCACUGGUAACCUACCUGGCCGGGCCCGAGGGAGCCGAGGCUCCGGGCCUCCAGUGCCACCUGCCACCAUCGCCUCCUCCCCUUGUAAGCUAUCUCCUGCCCCGGGGAAGACGCCACGCGAGGAAGACUCCACCUUCCUCCCCAGUGCAAUACCUGAACCAAGGUCUUCCCUUAAAUGGACUCCCAAAGUCAUUGUGUGCAGCCAGCCGACUUUUACUCUGUUUCUGUGUUUUAGAGACACCCUUAAGUCCAGACACCGGGACUACAAGAACUUGUAAACUGGCAUUUUAAAAGGACCAGUCAAUUUAUUUCAAGUUUGCUUUUGAAAAAGAGCUUUCAUAACAUAUAACCUUUCCAACCUCCAUCGUGUCACAUAAGAAGCGCCUUGAGUGUGAGUGUGCAUGAACCAAAGGAAAUACUAUUGACGAAGGAACGAUGUGUACAGUAUUUUAAUCACAUUUCCUUCUGUUACAGUUUAGUCUUUGUAUAUUAAACCGGAAGAGCGAAACCACAGGUGUUCACACCGGUGUGAGUUACCAUUGAGACCUCAAGCCCUUUAUUCUUAAAAGGGUUUUUUUAAAUCAAGUCAUUUUUUGAAUGAGAUAGAAUCUUAGCCAGCGAGAAAAACCAAAUUUAUUAUUUUACACUCCUUUUAAUGCACUUCUAAGAUGGAAAACUAGCAUCGAGUGUUAACAUGAAAAACUUUCAGUUUGUUGAUGGAUGGUCUGAAGCCAGAAAUGGAAUUUUGAAAACAAAGAAGGGGAUUAUCUAUUUUAGGGACCAGUCUCUAAAGCAUGCACAUUGUUGCUACCCACAUUUGUAACCAAUUUAUUUGCCUUCUGAGUGUGAUCGCAGCUUUGAACAUUCUGUACUAUAAUGGUUGCUAAGGAGAAAAAGUCCUGUUUUCUCUUUAAAAUAUUUCAAUGCACAUGAUAUUAUUAAACACUAAUACCAUAAUUGCAUAGCUAAUGUUAGCUGCUGUUGCAUGCUCCUAGAUGCUAGAACUUACUGGGCACGUGGUAUACUAAAGCAAUACCCAUUAGACAAGGACAUUUUACUUCUGGUCAUCAGAAGAAAUGGCCUUUAAUUAUUUGAAAAGAGACAAGAGACACCUGUGGCUAUCUAGAGUUCUUUUUGUCUUGACCUAAUUUCUGAGAAAACUCCCAUCUGGGACUUUAUCUUGCAAACAGAAUGAUCUGUCAGGAGGCAUAAGUAAUAUGGUUUGGCUCUGCAAAGCCAUCUGUGCUCUUUUAGGGUCUGAACAAGCCACACGUUAGGAAGUAACACUGUUUUGAUGUUGUUCAUAUAUAUUACCAUGAUGUUUAGCAUUAAUAUCAUGUCUUUUGAAGGCGGCAUAAUAAACUCAGUUAUAUAUAAAAUUCCAAAUGGGACUCUGUUCUCACAGGUAUUAUUUGAGGUUUGCCAUUUUCAUCUUUGACUUCCUGAAUCUGUUUAGAAGCAUUUGCAAUGUAGAAGACCAUGUGAAAUCACCUUAUAAAAUUAAAAUGGGAGGAAAAGAACAGACAUAGCUUAGUCUUCUAGCUUCAUCAAACCUGGGACCAAAUAGCCUCAAUUAACUGUGUAAUCCAGGAGCAAAGUCAGCUUGCUUUGCUGUGCUCUUGGACCAGGAAAAAUGGAGUACUUGGGCAUUUGAAUAAUUAUGGGAGUCACAGGAAACUGAUGUUUUUGUAGUAAAACAAAAUAAAAUGAAUGUUUGUCACUAAUGAUAAAUCCGAAGUCAUGUUAUUAACCUACUGCCGUUGUGCAUGCGCCGUUUCUCUCUUACGAAGGUCUCAUCUGUUCCCGUUCCCUUGAUUCGGAUAUUUAAUUAAAGCUUAGACA